ACGAUAAGAAGAGAUAUAAAUAUUUAAGGGCUUGCAAUUUAAUGCGGUCUUUUUCAGUAGCAUGCGGAGCAACCAUGUCACAUACAUUACGUGGAACACAAUUGAGAAAACACAUAGCAACUAAAUGUAUUUCUCUAAAUUUAUUAGAGUAUCAGGUGAAUGAUUUAUCAAAUCAUUUGGGACAUUCAGAUAAAAUACACAAAGAGCAUUACAGAUUACCUAUUGCUAGUCGAGACAUUUUACAAGUAUCAAAACUUUUGGAAUAUGCGCAAGGUGAAGAAAAAAAUAACAAUGAGGACGAAAGUACUGAUGACGAUGAUGAAUCUGAUGUAUUGCUCAAAAGAGAUUCAUGUAAUGAUGAAAACCGAUCAUUCUCUUCUGAUGAAUAUCAGAUGAACAUACCAUUAUCCAGUAAAAAUCAAAAUUUAUUUAAGGAUUGUGAAGAUAAUCUAAAAGAAAAACACUGCAAGAGUGUAGGCAGACAUUCAACAAAGGAUAAACCUAUAAAAUAAAACGCCGUUCGACAUCUCCCUAUGGUCCUACAAAACGAAUUCGUUGGAAUGAAGAGGAAAAAAAUGCUGUUACAUCUGCAUUUGGAACAUAUAUUGACUCUACGAAAUUGCCUUCUUUGCAAGAGAUUAACAAGGUUAUAGAAAACUCUCCAUGUUUAAAAAGUCGUACAGCACCGCAAAUAAAAACAUGGCUGCAUAAUCAACGAAAAUCUCGAAUGCAAAAUAAAUAAGUUUAGUUGAGAUGUUUA